UCGGACAUUUCGACGACCCAUUCUCUUAUCUCUUGCCUUCAUUUUCUGCUGAGGUACAUUUUCCCUCUCACUAAUCUAUCCUUCUUUUGCGAAACCGAGAAAAUGCCUCUGAAGUUGCUGGAUGCCACCGUAUCAACCUUCGACGGCGUGUUUGAGAAGUUCAAAUCGGAGGCACCACAAAACAAAGCUAAUUUGAUCCUUUUCUUGGCAGAUAAUGACCCAUCUACUAAUCUCAGCUGGUGCCCCGACUGUGUAAGAGCUGAACCUGUCAUUAACAAGAAGCUGGAAGCAUCAUCAGAUAACAUUGUACUCCUGCGAGCUUAUGUUGGGGAUAGACCAACCUGGAGAAAUCCUCAGCAUCCAUGGAGGGUGGACUCAAAGUUCAAGCUCACUGGAGUUCCUACACUAGUCAGCUGGGAGAAUGAUGCAAUCAAAGGUCGCCUUGAGGACUAUGAAGCACACCUCGAGGACAAAAUUGAUGCCCUUGUUUCUAGCAAAUAAGUCAUCCUUCCUCUAAGAUAGUUGGAAAUCUUAUAUACUGUAGAACUGUUUGCCUGUUUCGUAAGCAAAGCUUGCUAAUAAUGUUGAGUUUAAGCAUCAAAGAUGUAUGAAUCUGAUAUAUUUCAAUGGAUUAUAGCUUAUUGGACUGUGAA